AUGGUCAAAGUAUUAAUUGCCCUCACAUCAUACAACCAACCGUUCUUCCCCAAUGGAGACAGAACAGGAGUUUUCAUAAUUGAAGCACUUGCGCCCUUUUUGGAAUUCACAAACAAAGGGUACGAAGUUGUGUUUGCUUCCGAGAACGGACUCUUUGGCUACGACGCGGCAUCUUUUGCAGUUGACUUUUUAAGCGGUGAAAACAAGCAAAUCUUUGACGACCCAAACUCACCAUUUAGUAAAGCCAUUAACAGCACCCGCAAGGCCUCCGAAGUGGUGGAUGAGAAGUUUGACAUCUUUUACGCGAGCGCUGGACACGGGACCUUGUUUGAUUAUCCACACGCGACGAGCUUGCACAAGAUUGCCACCCAGGUCUGGCAAGAUGGCGGCGUAGUCAGCGCCAUUUGCCAUGGCCCUGCGAUCUUCCUCAAUUGGAACGACCCCAAAACCGGCGAACCUUUCAUCAAGGGCAAGAAAAUCACGGGUUUCACCGUUUUGGGAGAGGACUUGUUGGGCGUCACCAGCAAGUUGCAAACGGACAGCUUGCCCACCGUGUCGGAGAUAGCCAAACGGGAAGGCGCCGAGUACGUCGAGCCUCCCGGACCGUGGGCGGCGUUCACUGUCACCGAUGGCAAGCUUGUUACCGGUGUCAAUCCCCAGACGGCUGAAAAGAUCGGUAAAGCGAUCAUAGAGGCAUACGAGGCCUAA